AUGUUCUCAAAGGCAGAAUUAGAAGUAAAUUUAUUUGCUAAGAGCCAUUUUGGACCAAAUGAUAUUGUUAAAGGUGAGGUAGUGGUGACAGCUAAGAAAAGCUUCUCUCUAAAUGUAUUGCAAUGUACGUUUCGCGGUGAAGUGGUGCUUACCAUGAAACGUACUACAGAAGGGAAGUAUAUUGGGGAGAGCUAUAUUCCACCACUGAAAGAAACUCUUGUUGACAACCAUCUUCUAAUUAAUAAUGAUAUAGAUUUAGGAGUAGGAUCUGAGAGUGUGAUAAUGAAUAAGGGGGAUUCAAGGAGCUUUAAAUUCGAGUUUGUUUUUCCCGAAUUCGUCAAAUGUCACAAAUGUCACGAGGGUACUAGAUUACCAUCUACCAAUUUUAGUGCAGGUGGCAGUGAUAAUGGGGUGGAUUGCCGAGUAGUUGUAACAUAUACGCUAAAUGCCACCGCAGAGCCGGACUCAACUCUUGGAAAAGUGAGAGGAGGAGCACUGUUGAAAUUUACUCAAACCGGAGAUGAGAAAUUAAUGCUUUACACGGAUAUUGCCCUGUCUUAUAGGAAUGUGCAACUAUGGGAAGGUAAAAUUAAAAAGUUUGUUGAUCUGAACUACGAAGAUUAUGGGGAGGAGAAUGUUGCUACUGAAGGAGUUGAGUGUAUUAGGAAUCCUCUUGAUGAAGCUCACAAUCAUAGUAGGUCUAUAAGGAAAUUUUUUAAUAGUAGCUACAAGAAGGAGAAUUAUAGUAAGCUAGUUGGAGAUGUCGGUUUGGAACUUGAGCUUUUUGUAAUGAAUAGGGUAAUUUAUGCUUCCCAAGAUGUUCGAGAUUGCUUUUCUUUAGUAUUCCGAACAAGGGCGCCCUAUUUUCAGCCGGACUACUUACUUUACUCUAAAAAAUCCUCUCAGUUAGGUCUUUUUUCAAUAAGAUCGGCCACAAUAGCACUUAUCAGAAAGUACACCAUUACAGCUAACGUUAUGACAAGAACUUUUGAAAAAAGGACAAAUCUCAUCACGAAAAGGUAUGGACACGAGCUCACUUUUGACAUAGUUGACUUUACACCUAACUACCAAGACCCUACUUUAUUGGAAUGGGCUAUACCAUUGAAAGAGAUACUAUUUCCUGAGGAAAUUUUGAUCACAUCUAACAUCUCUAACUACAGGCCAAACUACUUGAGUGGUUGCGGUACAAUAGACAUAACUCACCAAUUAAAUGUAACUUUGGGUGUGUCUGAAGAUUUUGAAGCCACUCCAAAAUCAAUUGAGUUCGUAUAUGAUAUUAAAGUGAUGUAA